CUUCUCUCACAAUUUACAUCAUCCUCCUUACAGUAUGCGAGUGGCAGUAAUUGGCGCUGGCGCCAGUGGUCUUCCGGCUAUCAAAGCCGCUAUUGAAGAUGGUUGUGAGGUGGUUUGCUUUGAAAUGUCUAAUGACAUUGGAGGGCUUUGGAGGUAUAAGCCGAAUGAUUGCCCAGGAGAAGGAACUGUCAUGAAAACAACAGUUAUUAACACAUCGAAAGAAAUGACUGCAUACAGCGAUUUUCCACCUCCAAAAGAUGCAGCAAACUACAUGCAUAAUACAGAAUUGGUGGAAUACUUCAGGUCUUACGCAAGACAAUUUGAUCUGGAGAAGUACAUUCGUUUCUCGCAUAAAGUAAAAUCUAUCAAAAGGAAUGCACGUUUUUCGGAGACUGGACAAUGGGAUGUGGAAUGGCUUGACCUCAAGACAAAUAAUGGUGCCGUAGAAACAUUUGAUGGUGUAAUGGUUUGUACUGGACAUCAUACGGAUCCUUACUGGCCAAAUCCAUUCCCAGGGCAGGAAGCAUUCACUGGAAAAUUGGUCCACAGCCAUGAUUAUAAGGACCAUAGGGGCUAUGAGGACCAAACUGUGGUUGUGAUUGGUAUCGGCAAUAGUGGAGCAGAUAUCGCCGUUGAACUUAGCAAAAUUUGCAAGAAAGUGUAUUUGGCCACCCGAUCUGGAUCAUGGGUAAUGAAUCGAGUCUGGGACGGUGGAGAACCAGCAGACUUGGCCUAUUUGAGCAGAUUUUUCUUCUUCCUCAAACAUGUGACUCCAUGGAGCUUACAGAACCAUAUUUUGGAAACAAAGCUGAACAGGAGAUUCGAUCACGGACGAUUUGGCUUAACGCCAAAACAUCGUGUUCUUGCUGCUCACGUUACAAUUAACGAUGAAUUACCCAACCGUAUAAUUUCUGGCACUGUUGUGAUCAAACCUAAUAUUGGUUCAUUUACCAAAGAGGGAGUAAUUUUCGAGGAUGGUACAGAAGUGCCAAAAAUUGACACGGUAAUUUUCGCCACUGGUUUCUCAUUCGGAUUCCCUCUAGUUGAGGGAGGACAACUAAUACCAGUGAAAGAUAAUCAUGUUGAUCUAUACAAGUACAUGUACCCGGCUCAGUUAUCUCCAAAGAACACUCUUGCUGUCAUUGGGCUCGUACAACCAACUGGUUCUAUCAUGCCAAUAUCAGAAAUGCAAACACGAGUGUUUAUCGCAGCUUUAACUGGUAAAAUAAAACUACCUUCCAAAGAGAAGAUGGAGAAAGACAUCAAACGUAAGCACGAGAUUAUGGCAAAGGAAUUCAUUCCUAGCAGAAGACACACAAUCCAGGUUUACUAUGUCGAAAUAAUGGAUGAGCUAGCAAAACUUCUUGGCUGUAAACCUACAGUCUCUUAUCGCUUCAUAACCGACCCAAUGCUAGCAAAGGCUUUAUUAUUCCAUGGUCUUGUUCCUUACCAGUACAGGUUACAGGGACCCCAUUCAUGGCCUGGAGCUCGGGAGGCUAUACUCACAUUCGAGGACCGUGUAUUCAACACAACACGAACUAGGAAAACUAAGGAAACUUUAAGCAGUAAACCACCAAUCAAAAUGUUUUUACUUCGCCAUUUAUUCCACUAAAGUGCUUUCAUUACAAAGUCGAUAUAUUUGUACAGAUUGUUUCCCUAGUCGACAUCUAGAAUUUUUAUUCUCGUUAUACCUUUUCGAUGUGCUAACAGCAUU